AAGAUUCAGUCAGGAUUUCACCCUUGGUGAGAUCGCAUUGAAUACGACACGUGGUGAUUUUAUUUCCCAUCUUCUCGACGUUGUUCUACUGCUUAUUGAAUUUUAUAUUUUAUUAUGCAAAUAUAUUGUGGCAGUUUGAAAGCGAACCUGUAAUUAAAUCAGAGUUUGCGUGUAUAAGUGAUCAUAAAUAAGUGAAUAUCUGUCAGUCACGGGAAUGUGAAAUGUGAGGGGGUGGAGGGAGAGGAUAUAAAAACAAUUUCAAUAGAAUUCGUUAAGAUAGCAAAAAAAGAAAGUCGGAAAUAAAUCAAACGUUGCCGCAUUUUUAAGUAAAAAAAAUUGGUGUAGAAAAAUUGAGAACAAACGAACACCGCCGCUUAUUUUUCUUCUUCUUCUUCAGGGAUACAAGCCGACCAAGAUGAUUACGUGCUCAAGUGCAUCCCUAAUUAAACUCUGUGUCGUGUUUGUGUUGAACAUUUCUUUAUUCACGACUGGAACUGCGCCCCCAUUAUUGUCGUCCAACAAGCGCCCAACAACAAGUCCGCAAGGGGACGAAUCAGCGAUCAAAACCAGCUCAACGACAGAAUGGUCGACCACAAUUGGCAGUUACGCCAGCAGAACAGAAUCCCCACCACCGCUACGAGUACCAUCCUCGACAACAGUUUCUUCGCCAACCUCACAUGUGAAUGUGACAGGUGGUCGUCGUCCUAGCUCCGAAAUUAAGCCAACGACGACGACUUUCUCCACAAUCAAGCUCAGUACUUUAUCAUCAUCUCUGUCGUCCACGGGUGGAGGCAGGAGUCGCCGAGUUGCAGAAAACCUCGGGGGGAGCACAACUUCUAGUAGUCUUUCAAAAAAGUUUGAAGAUUUGCUCCCAUUUUCCACAUCACCACCACCACCCACCCAUUCUCGCCUUCCUCACUCCUCCAAGAAGAGCGACCAGCCCAUUAUUGUGGAGGCUGUAAAGUCUUCUAAGAUUUCUGAAGUUAGUGAUAUUAUUGGUGCUACACGAGGACGUUCAAGUGAUGGAGAAAGUGAACGUGCUUCGACGAAUUAUAGAGUUACAUCUUCAUCUUCAUCUUCUUCUCAUUCCGUCCUCGUCGAUUAUGUGGGUGAACUUUCUCCUCGAGUAACUUAUUCAACAAGCUCAUCAAAGUUGGAGACAGCAGAUGGGGAACAAUCUCACGAAGGAGGAGAAGAAGAAAUUCUGUCCGCCACGAUGACGACGACGGCGGCGGCGGCGACGACGACUUCUACCACGACAUCUCCUACUUCUUCUCUUUCUUCCCCGGAAAUGCUAACAUCCACAAAAAUGGGAGACUUCCUCUCGACGAAGAGAUCUCAAAAGGAUGACAACACUAUAUCAACCGCAACAUUUUCCACCGGAAACGCAAUCAUAACCACAGAAACUGAAACUGGUGGUAGUAGUGGGGGAGGAAUGGAAGAUCUAUUUUCGGAGGACCAGAUGAUGAUGAUGGAAUUUAACGAUGAUGCUUAUUCCGCCGUGGACGAGGACGACGAGACUUUCUCCAUUGGAAUCAUGUUUGAUAAAGACUACUCUCCCGAGGAAAUUGCAGAGUACAUUUUUCUUACGGGAGAUGAACGCGGGGUGGCGUCAACGAUAAACGAUCUGAUCAAUGAUGGCUUAAUGUUGAGCAGAACGGAGACGAUAAAAUUUUUAGAAUCCGUAAAAGCGCACUUAACGGAUUUGAGAAGUCGGUAUCAAGAGUUUUUAAUAGUAUCGGAGGACGCAGAGGACAGUGGUGGAGGUGAAUCUCCAAGUGUUGGUGUAACUGGUGGAGAUGAUAAUAAUGGUGAAAGUGGAGACUCUGUGACUUCUUCUACGACCAAUAUUCCUACCUGAUGGAGGUUAUCUCUGACUUCGAGUGCACCUGAGUGGAACGGAAGAAAAAGAGAGUAGGCGGAUGAAAAGGAGAGGAAAAAACAAUAAAAAUCGUGAGACGAUCAGACGUCGAGGUGAUAACAAAUCUACGCGAAGACUUGUUCUCUUCAAUCUCAAUACAUAUAAACCUCGUAGGAUCACAUAUGCUAUUAUUUUGUCUGAAAUAUACAAUUUUAUGAGGUCGACCUCGUCAAUUUGGUAUUUUCUUCUAACUUGGAUCAGGUUGAAAUGGGAACCAAUAAAUAAGCGGAUUGUCAAUAAA